CAGAGACAGGUUUUGUUUUGUUUUUGUUUUUGUCAGUAGAGAAAGAACAAAAAUGUAAAACAUUAAAAGAAAGAGAAAUUUUUUUAAUUUUUUUUUUUAAAAAAUCGCAAAAUGGGAAGAAAGAGAAAGCUGCAAUUUGUGCUGAUCACUCAAACUCAGUAGCAUUUCUCUUUCUUUUUCCCUUUGCUCUCUUUCUUGUAUGGCAAACCGAAGCAAAAUCCGAUAUCAAAAACUAAUUACUAUUAAAACCUAAUCCCUUCCGUUUCUCCACCAAUGUAUAAUUCGUUUUCCAAAACGGCCUUUGUUUUGAGGUUUUUUUAGUUUUUUUGUUGGGGAGAGUGGACGCAUCCGACUCGCUCGACUCGGGGCUGAGUUAUGGGAUGUUGCCAUUCUUCCUUCUCUCUCCUGCCUUCUGUUUCUGAGAAAAAUAGACCUAAACACCGCCACCACCGCAACGACGAUUACAACUCCCAAGAUCAGCAUCAUACCGACUCCGCCGCUGCCUCCUCCGGUUUCACAGUUUUUUCCCUUGCUGACCUAAAAUCCGCCACCAAUAACUUUAGCUCCGAGUUUAUCGUUUCGGAAAGCGGUGAAAAAGCUCCGAAUAUUGUCUACAAAGGUCGCUUACAAAAACAGGACGCCAAUAAGAAUAAUGAUACUCGCACUUGGAUCGCUGUUAAAAAAUUUACUAAACUCGCCUGGCCUGAUCCCAAACAGUUCGCUGAUGAGGCCUUAGGGGUUGGCAAAUUGAGGCACAAGAGGCUGGCUAAUUUGAUAGGAUAUUGCUGUGAUGGAGACGAAAGAUUGCUCGUCGCGGAGUAUAUGCCUAAUGAUACUCUUGCCAAACAUCUAUUUCACUGGGAGAAUCAAACUAUUGAAUGGGCCAUGCGAUUACGAGUUGCUCUGUACAUUGCUGAAGCUUUAGAUUACUGUAGUUCUGAAGGUCGUCCUCUAUACCACGAUUUAAAUGCUUAUAGGGUUCUUUUUGAUGAGGAUGGAGAUCCUCGUCUGUCAUGUUUUGGUUUGAUGAAGAACAGUAGAGAUGGAAAAAGUUAUAGUACCAAUCUUGCAUAUACACCUCCUGAAUAUCUAAGAAAUGGAAGGGUCACUCCAGAAAGCGUCAUCUUCAGCUUUGGGACCGUCCUUUUGGAUCUUCUAAGUGGAAAGCACAUCCCUCCUAUUCAUGCUCUUGAUAUGAUACGAGGAAAAAACAUUCUUCUUUUAAUGGAUUCACAUUUGGAGGGGAAUUUUUCAACUGAAGAGGCGACAGUGGUGUUUGAUCUUGCUUCCCGAUGUUUACAAUAUGAACCGAGAGAGCGACCAAAUACCAAGUAUCUUGUUGCGACUGUUGAACCACUACAAAAUAAACCUGAUACUCCUUCUUAUGUAAUGUUGGGAAUUCCAAAGCAUGAGGAGGCCCCACCCACUCCAAAACAUCCUCUCUCUCCAAUGGGUGAUGCCUGUUCACGGAUGGAUCUCACAGCUAUUCAUCAGAUCUUGCUAUUGACACAUUACAAGGAUGAUGAAGGAACUAAUGAGUUAUCUUUCCAAGAGUGGACUCAACAAAUGAGGGAUAUGUUGGAAGCUAGAAAGCGUGGCGAUGUAGCAUUUCGUGACAAAGAUUUUAAAACUGCUAUGGAAUGUUAUUCUCAGUUCAUAGUUGUGGGAACAAUGAUUUCACCAACUGUUUAUGCACGUCAAAGUCUUUGCCAUCUUCUAUGUGACCAACCAGAUGCUGCUCUUCGAGAUGCAAUGCAAGCGCAAUGUGUAUACCCUGAAUGGUCUACAGCAUUUUACAUGCAAGCUGUCGCCCUCGCCAAGCUCGACAUGCACAAGGAUGCAGCUGACAUGUUGAACGAGGCUGCUUCACUGGAAGAGAAAAAGCAGCAUGGCGGUAGAGGGUCUUGAGAAGAGUAUUCAAUUGUACUUGUAGUUAAUAGUUUGUCAAUUGUGGUGGUUCAUGUAGCAAAAAUGUGGGGUUAGAUUAUUGUCAAUUAGAAAUGUGGGUUUCAUCCAAAAUUGUAACAUAGUUCAAGGAAAAAGAAAUGAAUCUUUUGUUCUAGCUUUUGCAGGAAUCUUCUCCUCUCAUAUUGGAUGAAAUGCUUUAUUUCUUGCAAA